AAGGAACUUCCCAGAAUGUGUCAAUUCCAGGUUUCGGGGAAGUGUCGUCUUAUCGCUCAACAGACAGAUAAAGUGCUAUGGUGACAAGUGUGUUCGGGCACGCUGUGAAAUGACUCUGUUACGAUGCUUUUCAGAGUCCUGUUCAUUCUAUUCGUCGUCCAAGCACUGUCUGCGUCACCACCGGCUCCACAGAACGUCCAUGUUGAUAACUGGCUGCUGACAUGGACUCCUGCCGCAGAGGAGGGAGAUACCACCUACACUGUUGAGUACAGCAGCUUUGACAUCGGUGUGUGGAAAAAUGUAACCUCCUGCGUCCAUAUAUCUUCAAAUUCCUGUAAUGUAACUUCCACCAAAGCUGAGGACGAGCACGGCUGUGUCAGGCUGCGUGUGCAAGCAGAGAGGCGUGGGCUGACCUCGACACCAGUCGAAGCCUGUAGCAGACAUGGUGACUCCUGUACUCCUUACUUCAGCCUGAUGCCAGGGCCCGGCUCCCUGACUGUUCAUUUGAGUAGGAACCACAGUUUGGCCCGGGACUAUGCAGGCCAUGCAAAACACAGGGUUUACUAUGGCAAGGAAGGAGAGCCCCUGCUGUAUGAUGAAGAUCCUCUGGCCUCCGUGACCAUCCCUGAGCUGCAGGAGGGACAGCGGUACUGUGUACAGGUGCAGAAUAUUAACUAUGGAAAAUGCGUCGGACUGCCCACCUGUCCCCAGUGUGUGCUCAUCCCACCAUCAAAAAUAUACUCGACACCAACCGUGAUACUAGCUGUGGGGCUCAUCAUUGUCCUGGUCCUCCUGAUUCCUGUGAUAGCCUACUUCCUCAUCUGUAAGAUUGAGAGAAUCAAGCAGUGUCUGCGACCGCCGUACGAGCUCCCAGGAGAUUUCCUGGAACCAUUUCCUGACCAUUACCUUCCCAUCUCCAGCAGCAGUCCCACUGAGGAGUGCUGGGAUGUCAUUACUUCCAUUUCCCCUCAGGAGUUGAGCACCUGAAAGCAGCUUCUGCGCUGCUCCUCCUCUUCAUGGCCUUGUUAUUGUGCCCUGAGCAUUGAACCACACUCUCUCACAUUUCUAUCGGGCCUCAGGAUAAGAGACAAUUUGAUUUCUAGUUCAAACUUAAUUGCUGGGAAGAGGAAGUCUAAUUUUAUCAACAUUUGGCUUCCCCUCUAGGAGAGAAAAGGGAGCAAUGAAAAGACGGAACCACUCUCUAGAUCACUCAAAUGAAAAGGCUCCACACUGUUACUACCCCCGCUCUCAUUUGGCUUAAUAUGGCCUCAAGAGCUCUAGGAAAUUGUUAACAUAAACACUGAGGUCCAAAGUUAAUAAAAGAUUUUUACAUAGAUACCUACGCUGUUAAGUGACAGAGAGUGCACUUUGCCUUGUGUACCUAUGGAGAGCCACAGUUGUCAUUAAUCAGCUCAUUAGAAACAGUUAAAGCCACACACAGACAGGAUCGCACAGGAACAGUGCGACGUCAUCUCACACAUACAUUAGACCGUUUUAGGGAAGAUCUCCACAGGGCCUUCCUUUGAGCCAAGAAUACUGCUGUACAUUCAUAAUGUUUUAUGUGCUGCUUUAGCUUAGUUGAAAGUGUAUCACUCCCAUUUAUUUAUUUUUUUGCCCUAUAGCCAUUAAUGAACAGCAAUAUAACGCUCACAGCAUUAACUAAGUUUGGUUUAAUAAAACACCCUACAAACACGCGGAUACAAUCCUUAGCUUUGUAGGGCUGAGGAGCGUUUGAUAAAAUUUGUAAUUUGUUUAAUCUGUGAUCUGGGAGGACAUUUUGACUCGUGGAUAUUUCUUGACACUUAUGAAUCAAGCCAUUCUGCAAAAAGCCUCCGUUUAGUGGAGGCGCUAAGGUUAUAUGUGUUCAGUGGUUCUGUACUGUUAUUGUUAAUUCACUGAAUAUAGAUUAGAUAUAGAUUUUCUGACUAUCAUGAUGUUGCCAUUAUUGACCGCGUCCAUGGUUUUUCCUGACCUAUGUCAACAUUGCCAAGCGUGUUGUUUUUUGUUUGUUUGUUUAUUUACUUCUUUUGUAAUUAGAAAAGUUCUAUGAGACGAUGACUUAAAUCAUGUGUUAUGUGAGUUUUGUCCAGAUCUCCUGCAGUUGGCCUUGGGACUUUUUCGGUUCUGGCACUGAUUUGCAAUAAAUGACUAAUGUAAAGACUGAAA